GCUGCUGCUUUGUGGCCUUCCCACCGCGGGCCAAGGACGGUCUGGUGCUGUUCGGGAAGAAUUCGGCUCGACCCAGGGACGAAGUGCAGGAAGUCGUGUAUUUCUCAGCGGCCGACCACGCGGCUGAGAGCAGGGUUGAGUGCACUUACAUCUCAGUCGACCAAGUUCCCAGGACCCAUGCCGUUGUGAUAAGCAGACCUGCCUGGCUCUGGGGGGCAGAGAUGGGGGCCAACGAACAUGGAGUGUGCAUAGCCAAUGAAGCCAUCAACGCCCGAGAACCUGCUGCCCAGACGGAGGCCUUGCUGGGCAUGGAUCUGGUCAGCACGAUCACGUGCUCGGAGGUGGUGGACUUUGCUCCUGCUGUCUUGCUGCAGGCUUGGUCUAGAAAGAGGGGCCACAGCCAAAGAGGCCUUAGAUGCCAUCGUUGCCCUGCUGGCAGAGCACGGCCAGGGUGGGAAUUAUUAUGAAGAUGCCAGCGCCUGCCACAGCUUCCAGAGUUCCUAUCUGAUCGUGGACCGCCAGGAGGCCUGGGUGCUGGAGACGGUCGGCAAGUACUGGGCCGCUGAGAGAUUCACAGAGGGUGUGAGGUGUGUGUGCAGUCGGCUGUCAGUGACCACCAACAUCGACGCAGAGCACCCUGAACUCAGAAGCUACGCUCGGAGCCAAGGCUGGUGGGCAGCGGGCGAUGAAUUCAACUUUUCCGAGAUCUUUUCACCAGCCGACGGCCAUCUAGACUGCUGCGCUGGCGGAGAGAGCCUCGCACGGCGAGGAGGCGACAUCACUAUUCAGACGAUGAUUGACAUCUUGCGGGACAAAGCCAGUGGAGUCUGCAUAGACUCGGAGUCCUUCCUCACCACGGCCAGUGUCGUGUCUGUCCUGCCCCAGAAUCACAGCUCUCCCUGCAUUCACUACUUCACUGGGACUCCAGACCCUUCCAGGUCCAUCUUCAAGCCUUUCAUCUUUGUUGACGAUGUGAAACUUGUCUCCAAGACACAGUCUCCCCGCUUUGGGGAAGAUGAUCCUGCCAAAAAGGAGCCUCGGUUCCUGGAGAAGCCCGACCGCCGGCAUGAGCUCUACAGAGCCCACGAGUGGGCACGCACUGUCCUCGCGAGCGACCAGGAGCAAGGCCAUGCGCUGAGGAAGACGAUGCUGGAGCUAGAGAAGCAGGGCCUGGAGGCCAUGGAAGAGAUCCUGGCCAGCUCUGACCCCCCGGACCCUGCCGAAGUGGGGGACCUUUUCUAUGACUGUGUUGACACAGAGAUUAAGUUCUUUAAGUGAAGUAAGCCUUCCUUUCCCCUUCUUAUUUAAAAUCUCCUACUUUACUAAAUUACCAGCAAAACAAACCACUCUCUUGUUUGAGUGAAAUGAGAAAGUUCUAAUGUGACCUCUUUCCCCCUUCCCCCAUUCCCCUCCCCCCUCCCCCAGCCAAAUGUUCUGCUCUGACUGUCAGCCGCCCCUCCUCCCUGCAGUGUAGCUCCCUUCCUGUCCUGUGCCGUGAGCCCCGCUUGCCGGGUGCUCAGCUGGGCGGCCCGUUGUGGGUGUCAGGCUGCUGCUCCUGUGUUCAGUGACAGAGGACACAGGAGCCUUUCACAGGAGCACUAGCGUUUAGCGGACCCUGAGAAACAGGCUCCUGCAGUGCUGAGUUAGCGGGGAGACAGAAACCCUUUGAAGUCGCCCCAUUUUCUAGGUGGUGGUUUCCCCUCAGGCUUCCUCUCAGAGGCCUGCUGUUGACAGAGGACCUUUGUCUGUUCCAGGGCUCUUGCUGGAGGUGCCAGCUCCCUGCUCCUGAGUGCUGGCCUGUGGGACACAGUGUCUGCUAGCAUCUUGCGAUGGGUACCACCAAGGGGGAAGGGAUAGAGGGGCUCACAGCGGGCCCACACGCUGCUCCCACACACAGGAGAGGCGCCCAGCACCCUUAGCUGGAACCUGCCUGCUUCGAGGCUCAGAUGCUGUCUCAGAGCCUCCGCUGAGGCCACUCUGUGACUCUCCCAGAAGGCACUUCUGCUUUCCUGCGUCAGCCCUGUGCAGAUGAGAUCCAGCUGUCCCAGGCCGGGCUCACUAAGCUGCCGUCUGGUUUAGAGGAGUUACGAGGCCCUGCGAUAGUGUUUUGCAGCACCACGCUGAGAAUCUCUGAGUUAAAGAGGGGAAGGAGCCGGGAAGCACUUGGUGGUUUGGGUCCUGGUUACAGAAGCUGCGACCCAGGGCUAGGAGGUGCUAUGUGCAAGGAUCCGGGUUCGAGCCUGUGCUCCCCAACUAACUAGCAGGGCUGCUUCACGAGCUGUGAAGCAGAUCUGUAGGUGUCUGUCUUUCUUUCUUCCUCUCUUCGUCUCCACUGUCCUCUCCCUUUCUCUCUGUCCUAUCCAAUAAAAUAGAAAGAAUUAAAAAAAAGAAGCAGCUGCAACCCCACCAGGCACUCCAUCUUCACAGAGGGGCUUCAUGAAGCUGAUUUGUCCCCAGUGUCAUGUUUGCAGAAAGGAUCUGACUCACUGGCAGAGCACAGAGACAUGUGAGAGGAAGAGCAGGUGGGCUCAGCGUUGGGAAGGACAGGGCCAGAGGCGGCAGGUGGACACAGGUGCGUUUCUCUGCAGGGUCACGACGCGGCCCUGCUGUCCCCAUACAGCUUAACACAGUUAAGCUGCACACAGUUGUGCGGGGAGCAGCCGGCUGCCCGUCUUUCCUUUUAAGUCUCCACACUCUGAGCGUCUGAGAAGCUGCUUUCAGAUGCUGCAUGCAGUGGGCGUCUUGAAAGGGAACGGGGGCCGGAAGACAGUAGCGGUGCGUGCCAGUGUGUCGCAGACGUGGUGGCGUGGGCGUCCCAGCAGGGGCCCCGGCCCCGGGUGUUAUGUGUACGUGUCACAUAGUGGGCACAGCUGUAGACUGGCAGAGCAGCCAGCGGAGGGACAGCAGCUGACCCUAGCGGCCCGAGGGUAGGCGCCUUUGGACCUGGACUCGCUUCAUCGUUGCUGGGGGUCGUGUCGGUGGUCUGGGAGGUGACUUAGACUCAGUAGUUCCUCAUCCCCAGCAGCAGUGUCUUACGCCGUGAGGUCUGGAAAAAAGUCUAGACUCCGGACGUCAGUGUGGACAUUGAGGGUCACAGGCUUUGUCAGAGCAAUUUUUCUCCUUUUUGGCCAGCUUCCCUUUAAGGGUGUGAGAGCACCACAGGGAGUUUGCCAGAGGUCCUGUGAAUUUUGUAUGCGCUCGGCACAGAGGCUAAGAGAGAGGAGCCGAGUAUUUGAGCCAACGAGGUAAGGGCAGCCAGUCAUGGUGGAUAGUCUCGUCCUGGCUGGGCGUCCAGGCUGGAUCCUAGCACUGAUGCACUCAGGGUCUCCUCUGAGGCAGAGCUGCCCUUUUUCGAGCAUUUGGCCGUGUCCAGCUGCUGAGAGGCCCAGGGUGGCGUCUGAGGGCCGUGUAGGAACCUCACUCCUCCCCAAAUUCUUUACCAAGUGGUUGCUGACAGUCUCUAAAUUGUGCGUGCGGCUGCACCUCUGUCUGUGAGGAAGACAAUGCCUAGACUUGGCUUGUCUGAAACGCCCAGGCAAUGCAAGGUGUGACCAACAGAAGUCUGGUGAGAUGAGUGACCUGGAGGGCCUCCUUCACCCUCUGCUGUGGCUCUGGGCUUACCUGCAGGGACACAUGCACGGCCUACCCCCUGUGCAGGGGCAGGCCCACCAGCUCCUCCUGUUGGGGCCGUCGACCUCAGUCUCGGGCGCCCUGAUCGACCAGGGUCGUGACCUCCUGUGUCACCUCUAGAGGGUACGUGAGCCUUCUGUGGCACCGUUCAGGGCAGGGAGGUAGUCUGCGAAUGCUCAGCACCCAGAUAACGGGCCAGGGCCAGGCAGUGGUGCUCCUGGUUGAGCACAAGGACCCAGGCUUGAGUUCCCAGUCCCCACCUGCAGGGGGAGAGCUUUGUGAGUGGUGAAGCAGAUCUGCAGGUCUCUCUCUCUCUCCCCAUCUCCCCCUUUCCUCUCAGUUUUUUUCUCUCUACCAAUAAAGAAAUAAAGAUAAUACAAAUCUAAAAAACAAGCCCAGGCAAUAGCAGUGGGCAGAUCCUUCGUGCAGGUGAUGCCUGAGACAGAAAGAUGAGAAGGGUUUGCUGACAUGACCGCACUUACUUGCGUGAGCUCUGUCGCUCACGUUGCCAGCUGGAUCACGUCCUUGGAGUCUGAGUCUGCUGUCUGCUCUUGCUGAAGGGACGGCCAUUGCAAUUGCCCCUCACAGAUUUUGCUUGUGAAAAGUGCAUAUCACUCCAUGCUGGACCAGGAAUCACGUCUAGAAAGGCAGUGCGGAGAAAGGAACAUUCCAGGUGAACUGUGAAAAUGGUGUUCACAGGUCCUAGUGUAUAAGCAGCUCCCCGAAAUCCCACUGGUGUCUCCACUGAGACUGGAGGAGGGCUGUGCGGGCCUGUGCAUAAGACACGUCCGUAAAGGGCGGGCUGCUCGCCACACCCCUGCGCCCCAUCACCAAACACAGCUCGUGAGUUUUGGCAGGUGGGUGGGACUCAGCGUAGACCAAGAACUCCAUCUUCUAAGGGAGGCAGGGAUGCCAGUCAGAGCAGAGCAGCCAAGCAGAAGAUGGGAUCCUUGAGUCUUCUGGAGGUGGCUUGGGACCUGACACAGCAUAAGGGCCUACCUGACGUGACAGCAUUCUUCCCAGAGAUCAGUAACUGAAGGCAGCGCUGUCAUCAGGAGGGUUCUUGGAAGCAACGUGGCUGAGCAGCUCACUGACACUCACAGUGACGCUCCUUCACUGUUGGGUGAAGUAGGUAGUAAAAGCCUUGACCGGCCAGGGAAACCACAUCUAACUGCGGUGUCAGCCCAGGUUGUGCGGGUGUGACGGACACAGCCCUGGCUAGCCCUGCAGGGAUGCCGGGGACCAGGAUGUCUGCCGUGAAGCCGGUAACGUCCUUGUCUGCCAGGCCAUCAGUCAUUAGUUGGUGGGUAAGAAGGAGGCUGGUGGAGGCAGGGAGGAGGGGCCACCAGGCAGCCAUUGUCAUGUGUUUGUGUUUGGGGGGAUAGUGAUGGGCUUCAGCCACACUGCGUCCCCAGGCACACAUGGCAUCCGUGGCCCUGGCGGAAGUUCCUCAGGACCUGCAGCGCCACCUCCCUUCCUGUGGCUUCUGUCAGCCUCUGCUUCUGUCUUCAGACGCCUGUGGCAAGUGCAGAUGUCUCUUGGGAAAAGCUAUGUCCGGGUUCACAGUCAUGUUGAGAGAAGUUGCAUGUGUGAGCUGGGAAUGAACUGUUAGGCCAGGAAUAAUAAAGACAAGCUUUCUGCCGCCUGCAGUGGGAACUGAGCGUGGAGUAGUGGGGCCAGUGUUUUUGUACAAGUACCUGCAACCCAGAUAACUUCCUCAUCCAGUGCUUACCCUUGAGACUGUCUCUAAAUAUAUUAAGUAGACAAUAAAAAUGCUGAAAUUAA